AUGGAUGGUUAUUUCGGUUAUCAUGAAUUAAAAGCAUUGCAAGAAUUAAUCAAUCCUCCGAAAAAUGAUUCAGAUUCUGAAGAUGAUUUACCACAGGCUGGCGCUCUAAAAUUUGGACCUGGAAAUAUCGGUGCCCAGAAUGGGAUGUCUCAGAACCACGCGGCGGGCCCGCAUACACCACUGAAAGCGGAAGCUGAUGAUAUUUGGCAUCCGUCUGAGGCAGCCGCUCCGCAGAAUUCGGAAGCCUAUGAUCCGAGAGAGGUGCCGGAAUACGAGAUGAAAUUUAAGCAGGCGGUGACGACGGAAGACGUCUUUUUAGGCAUGGGAUUCAAAACGCCAGGCACAGCAUCCUGCGAGUGGCUGAACGUGUUCGUAAAGAUGCCGCAGGAAGCACGAGAAAAGAUCGAGCUGUCCGUGGAACCUGAAGCGAUCGACGUGCGUAGUCCAAGGUACCGGCUGCACCUCGAGACGCCGCAACCGGUCAAUCCUAACGCCUCGUCUGCCAAGUGGCACAGCGACACCUCCACCUUGGAGAUCACGCUCAGACUUGUACGCGAGCUGGACGACGUGAAUUUUUAA